UGCACGCGUGUAGCCGGUACCUGGUCUCCAGAGGCGGGGUGUGAGGGCAGCGUGGCUGAUAGACGGAUAGCCAUGCGAAGGGAUGGCAGCUCCUGAUAGCGAUGUGCUCCGGACUACGGGAUCUACGCUACUGCGGCCGGUCAGCGAGCGCCUGCACAUCCCUCUGUACCAGGUAAAUUUUGUUGUGUGCCAACUGAUUGCCCUUGUGACCGCUACGUGGUUUAGGAUUUACCUGAGUCCAUGUCAUGCACAUACUGCUGUUCGUCAUGCGUUUGCUACCCUUCUUGGUGUCUACUUCACCAUCUUUUGCUUUGGAUGGUACUCUUUGCAUAUAUUCACAAUGGUACUUUUGUGUUACUACAUCAUGGUGAAAGCAAGUGCUGAAAACGUGCACAGGUAUUCUUUUGUCAUUUCUAUGGGCUACCUAACCCUGUGCCACAUUAACAGAGUAUACGUAUUUAGUUAUGGUAUUCUCUCCACAGAUUUUUCAGGGCCCUUGAUGAUUCUUACUCAGAAGAUCACAUCCCUUGCCUUCCAGUUGCAUGAUGGUAUGGGUCAGAACUCUGAUGGGCUCAACGUGGAACAGCGGAAAUAUUCUGUGAAGAAGAAGCCAACAUUUUUGGAGUAUAUGAGCUAUCACCUGAAUUUCAUGAGUGUUCUUGCAGGACCAUGUAGUAAUUAUCAGGACUACAUUGCCUUCAUUGAAGGGAGCCACGUUUCAUCAAAGCUCUUAGAAGUGAACUCAACACAAAACGGGCAUCAUAAGCUACCAAACCCAUCUCCAAAUGAAGCUGUAGCUAACAAGCUCUGCACCUGUGUGGUGUGCCUGGGCCUCUUCUUCACAUUUACCAAAGCUUUCCCUGUUGCAUAUGUAGUCAGUGAUGUGUUUAUUAAAGAAGCUCCGCUUUGGGUGAGAGUGGUGUAUCUCUACAUUGCAAUACAGGCAAGCAAACCAAAGUACUACUUUGCAUGGACUUUAGCCGAUGCAAUAAACAACGCUGCAGGUUUUGGUUUUAAUGGUGUAGACGAAAAAGGAAGGUUUCAGUGGAAUUUAAUUUCCAGUCUCAAUAUCUGGAACAUUGAAACCUCAACGAGUUUUAAAAUGUACAUAGACAACUGGAACAUCCAGACAGGGGCUUGGUUAAAAAGGGUGUGCUAUGACAGAGCACCAAGAUACCGUACGGGUCUAACAUUUAUCUUGUCAGCCAUGUGGCAUGGAGUAUAUCCAGGAUAUUAUUUCACGUUUUUUACAGCAAUUCCCACAAUGCUGGCCGCAAGAUUGGUCAGAAAAAAUUUUAGACACCUCUUCAUUACUUCAAAGUCUAGUAAAGUUCUUUAUGAUGUUGUCACAUGGAUUGUGACUCAGGUGGCCGUUUGCUAUACUGUUUCCCCCUUUGUUUUACUGGGGUUUGAACCUACGAUUAAACUCUACAGGUCAAUGUAUUUCUACUUCCAUAUUGCAAUUGUUCUUGUAAUCAUUUUACUACCGACAAAGCCACACUGUUCAAGUCAAAGGAAAUCCAGCAAAGAAACAGAACAAGCAGCCCAGUAUACAACAAACCAUAUAAAGAAGAAUUAAUACAAAGCAGGGCAAGUGGACUGCCAGACCAGAUUCCAGGGGAGCUCCUAGGCACAGAACAGUACAUAUACUGGAGCUUCUUCCAAAUGACUGCUCGCCAGAUGGGAGGUGAUCAAAAAGCAGCAAUGAAGCUCUGAAUUUUGUAGAUUUGGAUUUUGAAGAUCUUUUUGUAUAUAAAGGAAUAUAUUUUUAACCUUUCAA